AGACAUCCUCACAACCUGAUAUUAUUAUUAUUAGAUGCAGUGUCAUAGUCACUCUUUUUUAGUGUACCUCCCAUUUAUUACCUUUGUCUUUUGCCUCCAUUCCCUCUCCAUCCACUAAAUGCUCUUUGAUUUUCUCCUUCUCCUCAUUACCUUUUUGCCACUGAACUUUGCAGCUCUCUCUCUCUCUCCCUCUCUCUCUCCCUUCUUAUUAACUUAGGCUCUCUCUCUCUCUCCCCCUUCUUAUUAACUUAGGGUUCCCUCUUUUAGAGAUCACCUCCUGUACAAAUCUGUUAUAUAUGCUCCGACCUUUUGAUCAUUAUUAAUUGGCCAAGAGAGGUCAGUUUCAUCAUAAUAUUGGAAGGAAUUACAAAGUAUAUAAGAGAGCAAGCUCUUAAAUUAAAUUGAGAGCUGAUCUCACAAGGGGAAAAGGAAAGUACCCUUUUUUUUAUCUAUUCAUUUGAUCAAAGAAACCUAUCUGGAUCACAAUCAGGUGCAUAUAUAUAAUAAUUAGUACCCCAAGUCCAAGAGAUAGAAAAUGGCAUCAUCGAGCUCCUACAAUUCGCCAUGCGCAGCUUGCAAGUUCUUGAGGAGGAAAUGCAUGCCUGGGUGCAUUUUCGCGCCGUACUUCCCACCUGAGGAACCUCAAAAGUUCUCCAAUGUCCACAAGAUCUUCGGCGCGAGCAACGUGACCAAGCUCCUCAACGAGCUCCCUUCUCACCAGCGAGAGGAUGCCGUGAACUCUCUGGCCUACGAAGCCGAGGCCCGAGUCAGAGACCCUGUCUAUGGCUGUGUUGGAGCCAUCUCCUUCCUUCAAAGACAGGUCCAAAGGCUGCAAAAGGAGCUUGAUGCAGCCAACGCUGACCUUAUCCGCUUCGCCUGCAGCGAGAUCCCGCCGCCUUCCGAUCAUCAUUUGGCUCCACCGCCGCCGUUACUUCAUCAUUCAAUGAUGGCUCCGCCAAGGCAAGGAGGAGGAGGAGGAGAUCAGUUCUAUCAUCAGCCAACUGGUGGUGGUGGUGGUGGCUUUUCUCUUCCUUAUACUUCUUCUCUCUCAUGGAGUGACAACCCUUCUGGGAAUAUCAAUGAAGGAGAAGGUGGAGAAGGACACCUUUGAAACUUUGAUGAGAGAUCAAAAACGAUCGAUCUCAAAAGAUGAAAAAGGUAUAAUAAUCAAAUCCCAUCUAGGGUUUUCUCUAUAUAUAAUUAUUUGGAGUUAAAAUGGUACUAUAUCUUUAUUAUAACUAGUAUUUUGGAAUUGAUAGAGGUUAUAUAAAUCUAGUAUAGCCUCACGUGAUGAGUCGUUUCUUAUAUAUUUUGUUUUUUCAUCAAGCUAGUCUAUAUAUAUAUAUAUUAGUUAUUGUUUUUGGUGGGUUUUAGUUAUAUUAGUAUGCUAAAACCAUGUAUUGUGUGGGCUUAUUUUUGGGAUCAUAUAAAUAUAUCUUAUAAAUAUAUAUAGAUAUAUUUAUAUAGUGACCUAAUUAAUAAAGGCUGUACUCUUGAUCAGUAUAGCUAUCUAGCUAUAUAUAUAGUAUAUAGUAAGUAAUGGGAUCUGUUUUUUAUUGUGUGUAAUUAGUGCAACUCUGAUCAAGGCAUUCGCAUGCGGAGGAGUUGACAUUCUGUCCACAUUGGUUUUAUGGUUCUGAAGAAUAAAUGAAAUAAAACUAUAGUACUAUUUCUUAAUAAAGAGGAUUCUUGAGCCUAACUCUAGGGCUUUACUCUUCUUUUAGACCUAUAUAUAUUUUAUGCUCUCACCUUUCACACCUUUGAAUUCCCCUUUGGUUGAUCUUGAGGACCACCUUGUGAUUUUUUCUCUGCAGAAUAUUUAUGCUAAUUAAUUUCUUUUUGUUGGUCAAUUAAUUAGUUGAAUUU